CGUGCAGUUUACGGCCACUGGGGGCGCUGACGGGUUUCUUCUGUAUUUAUUAAGACCAAAGAAUUAAGCUCAGUGGUUUCAGGAAGUGCAGAAGUUGUUGUGAAGCUGACUGAGGACAACCUCGGAAUUUUCUAAAGUGAUGGCUAAUCCCAAAAUAUGCUCCAUUGAUGGGAAGUUAGCAGAAGAAUUUGCUGUUCCUUCCCAUGUCGAUGAGGUCAAAGAGAAGAUGACUGCUUUCGCCAUUCGUCAUGCUGCAGCGGGUCACAGGGUGGUUCUCAUCACAUCGGGAGGCACCAAAGUUCCCCUCGAGUCCCGCACUGUGCGCUUCCUCGAUAACUUCAGCAGCGGCAGACGAGGAGCCUCCUCAGCAGAGUAUUUCAUAGACUCGGGCUACGCUGUCAUCUUCCUACACAGGCAUCGCUCCCUCUACCCCUACACACGGAUGUUCUCAACCAUCAACAUGCUGGAUGCCCUGAAGUUCAGAGGCGGAGACUCUGGUGAAGUGCUGGUUAACCAGCAGGUGCUUCCCAACAUUUCCAAAGCGCUGAAGCGAUACCAGGAAAUGAAAGAAGGCCAACUCCUUCUGCCCAUUGAGUUCAGCUCUCUGUCAGAGUAUCUGCAUCUACUCAAAGCAGCAGCACAGUCACUCAGCACAAUAGGAUCCAAGGCCAUGUUUUACUUGGCUGCAGCGGUGUCUGAUUUCUAUAUCCCAGCCUCGGAGAUGCCUGAACACAAAAUCCAGUCUUCCAAUGGACCUCUUCAACUCAGCAUGAACAUGGUGCCCAAGAUACUGUCCCCGCUGGUGAAAGACUGGGCACCUCAGGCUUUUGUCAUAUCUUUUAAGCUGGAGACAGACGGAGCCAUCCUGUUGGACAAGGCUCGGCGGGCUCUGGACACCUACAGGCACCAGGUGGUGGUGGCCAACGUGUUGGACUCUAGACGGGGCUAUGUGGUGGUGGUGACCCCCGAGACUCAGGCUGAGCUGAUCCUCACAGAGGAGGAUGUGCAGAAUGAGGUGGAGAUAGAAGAGAGGAUAGUGAGCAACCUAACAUCCGCACACAACAAGUUCAUAACUCAACAAGGGGGCUGACGGCCAUCCUCUACACUGCACGGUUGAAUCAAUGACGCAGCGAUUAGUUGUUGCGUCUGAGCUUGGUUUAAAUUAAUGCUUGCCUGUUAUACCGACAAGAUACUGUUUAAUCACUAUGCUGUAUGAUUGCAUAAACUUAGUAAUGACUAUAAACACAUCAUGCCUUCCCUUGUUCUUUUAAUGUGCUCUAAAAACAGGCCUCGAAUGGCAUCUCUGUACAGGGACCAUGUACAAGCUAUAGAAAGUUUAUUAAAUGUUUAUUCACAUUGCGUAAUAAUCUAGAACAGUAAAAUAAUGUUGAUGUCUUUUCUACAUCAAAGACUGACAGUUGAAUAAAUCAGUGACAUGCUUUACUACACACCUAUAAUAAACAUUUACAAGUACAGUCCAUUGGCUUUUUUUCAACCCCAUGGCUCCACAGCAUGUACUGGACUCUCUCUCGGUUACUUAAGUUUGGUGCUCUUCUUGACACCAGCACGAAUACCAGACAGCUCUCCGCUGUAUCUAGUCUCCUCCCGACGGACAUCACGCACCUGGUGAAAAUGAACAACCGUGUCAACAUAUACUCUUGAUUCAAACUGAUGAGCCUACAGAGCGUCUCCGGAAGCUUUAAGAUGAACUGAAACACUGUACUACAAAUGGUCUCAUCGAUGUGUGGAAUACAAACCUGGCCCUUUCUGCGGAUUUUGGCUCGUCUGAACUUCUCUCUGUGCUUGACUCUGGGAUUACGGUCAAUCUUCUUCCUCUUUGGUGUGAGGCCCUUGUUCUUGGCCAUCUGUGGAAUUGGUAGAUACACAUAAUUAGAAUGAACUGUUCAGAAAUGUUUAAAGUAAUAGGCAAUCGAUAACUUUUCCUCUAACUCGAGCCUUCACUUUUCCAAACUUUAAUAUAAAAAGUUCACCAUCUUUGAGAUUUGUCUUCCAAAAUGUGGGAUUAAGAAAGUCCAGAAACAGAAUAGCUACGCUGCUAUAAAAUAAAAUCCUGUUUUUAUAAUGUAACUCCCAGCACUUAUGUCCAAAUGAUCACUGGGAGGAUCCAUUCACUUGCUGGCUAAUGAUCACCAGAUCUGAUGUUUUUCUGUUCAUCUUGAAUAUUAAAUCCCUCUGGGUGAGA